CGCAAAAAACAGCAGACACGUAUGGACCAACAAGUCACAGGAGAUGUCGAGAUGUGUUCGACUUCCUGUGCUGAGUUUCACACACCAAGACUCUGACUACAUGCUGAGGUGACAGCCACACAGUCUCUUCUUUCUCCUGGAUCUUCACCUAAUUUCAGCAUGCAACAGGUCAUUAUGUCCAACAACUCCUGUCAAAAUGGCAGUACAGACCCAUACAGCAUCUUGUCUGUGUGCGUAUACUCCUUCAUUUCCACAGUGGGCCUCGUCUUUAAUGUCACAGCACUGGCUUUUUUUUUCAAUCACACCAAAUCCAGGUCACAAACAAUCGUCUACAUGACCAACCUUGCCAUAGCAGAUACACUGCUCAUCCUCACACUGCCAAUGAGGAUCUACUAUCAUCUGGGUUUUCUUGGUCUUCCUCAGUGGCUGUGUGAUGGCCUUGGGUUGGUUCUGAAGGCCAACAUGUAUGGGAGCAUCUUCCUCCUCACUUCCAUAAGCUUUGACCGUUGCAUGGCUGUCAGCUUUCCCAUGUCUCUGCCUGUUCAGGAAGGGAGACGGAAAGCGCCCGUGGUUUGUCUCGGAAUAUGGAUUCUCACCUUUGGAGCCAGCCUGCCCAUCUACCUGUUCGGGCCUUCAUCGGGUUCCCAUAACAACUGUUUUGAUAACCUGCCUGUCUAUGCCACACAACCUGUGGUGGUUUUACCCACGCUGUUAUUGGGGUUUGCCUUCCCAUUAGUAAUCAUGCUGAUCUCUUCCUGGGGUUUGGUCCGUUCUGUCCAACAAAGCACUGUGGCCCAGACCAAGCUAGUGGACAGCAGAAAAAUCUACAGGAUGAUCGCUACCAGUCUCCUCAUUUUCCUGAUCAGUUUCCUCCCUUACCAUGCCACCCUGGUUCUCCUGUCUCUUAAGAGUUAUAAAACAUCAUGCACUGUGCUGACUGCAUACCGCUACAGCCUGAUGGUGGCUUGUCUUAAUACAGUACUAGAUCCCAUUGCAUAUUAUUUCACCACAGAUACGUUCAGGCGGAAAGUUGAUAUAGGCGCUGUUCAGAGGAUGUUCCCCUUGAAUAGUCAAAGCUCUGAGGUGAAUGGCAGGAGCAGAGGUCCUAGAAAUAGCUAAAGGACUGUUGCAGAACCAAUCAGUGUUAUCAUCCAAAAAACCUCAAAGCUGUUCAUAAAAAAAAGGUGAUUUCAAAUUCAGGAUGCAGUAUAAUUUUAAGAUUAUUUGGUUUUGGAGUGUGGAUACCCGACCCAAGGCCAUCAGGCCCCAUCAGGAUCCGACAAGCCAGGUCGGGUUAAGAAAUUUAGAAAUUAUAUUUUGGGGGUUGGUCUGCUUGGGUUUUUCAAGCAUUGCUUUUCCACUGCUCAUGUCAUGUAUUCAUGUCAGGGACAGGGUAACCCCAACCUGGUGCAGCUCACAUUAACUGCUCGAAAUCUAACUAUGCAGUUAGAUUUCUCUCGGGCUCCUACUGGUUCAGAUGUAAAAAAUUGGCCCAUGCAGCACUCUAGUAUGGGUUAUGCAUUAUUCUUAUCAGUGACCCUCAUCAAAUAUCUGAAUGUUUGCAUGAUAUUAUUGUACUAGACAUAAUUGGAAUUUGGUUAAUGCCUGCCACAAUCCCUAACAGCAAUACUGCUUUUGGCUCUAGGUUAUAGUUAUGUGGUUGAAUGUGUCAUGUUGAGUUGUUGAGUUCAUGUUACAAUAUCACACAGAUAUAUUUAGGAUCCAACUGUUUCAUCGAUCCGCUAUCUCCCAUGGAAUAAAGUAAGCACCUUGGUCUUUUAUUGACAAUCUUUGUUUAGCUCCAGUGGAAAUGAAACACAGAACUGUGAUUAACACAAAUAGAAACGGACAAUGUCUCUAAGCUAGCACUGCAGAGUUUAGGGAAGUAGUCUUGGUAAUCUACGCAACUAAGGUGUUAAAGAACCAAAUAAUGUUCAGCUGCCUUUGACGGUGUAAGUCUCUAACAUGGGAGAAAUGUUCACUGUGUGCUUGUCUGUGCUUCACACAUCUUUCUGCGUAUAAACGGUGUAUCUCUUGCACUCUGUCAAAAUAAAGGUCAAUCAUGAGUUGUCAUGAGACAAAUGUAA